GUUAGUAAUGGAGACAAAUAAAAAUCGCGUGAAAUUCAUGUUUUUCAAUAAAACAAUUGAAAUAUAAGUUUUAUUAGUGGUGUAAACGUUUUGAAUUAACAAAAUCGUUGCAUUCAAUAGCUAUAACAACAAAAUAAUUGAAUCUUAAUAUCUAAAAAACAAUCUCAAAGACAUCUAAUUAGAUAAUGACUUCGACUUCAGGAGAGUUAGUAAUGCCAUCGAUUCCAACCAACGACUGGCAACUAUUGCUCAGCCGUCAGAUCAAAGCCUUAAAGAAACUACAGUUUGAAAAACUGAAAAUUGAUGGACUGGUAGCCGAAGAGAUCUUCAAUGUUGUGGCUAAACACGAGAACAACUACAACAGUAUCUAUGAGAAGAGGAGAGCUAUUAUUAGCGGUGAAAUCGAGCCGACAGACACUGACUGCAAACUGGACGACGAUAUUGAAGACAAAGACGAAGAGUUGGGUUACAUACUCGUCAAUCAAAGUAAACCAACCAAUGGUUCCCUAAUUAAAGGAAUUCCUGGUUUUUGGCUCAAAACCAUGAAAGAAGUCAUGGAUUUAAACAAAUGGAUUGAAAAGAAAGACGAACCAGUUUUGGAGUACUUAUCGGACAUUCGGAUAAAUUAUGGCCAAAAUCAACAAAAAAUUGAACUCAAGUUUUCAUUUGCGACAAACGAGUUCUUCAGAAAUACUUCGCUCACCAAAACAUAUGAGAUUAUGUUUGGACCAAAUCCUAACAAUCCGUGGUUUCUCAAUGAUUACUAUCCGAUCGCUUCCAAAGGCUGUGUCAUUGACUGGAAAAAAGGCAAAGAUGUCACUAAACUAAAUAACACCACCGAUGGAAAGUCUUACGAGAAAAACAAAGACUCGUUCUUUGAUCUGUUCAACGAUUCACUUCUUGGAAGAAAAACUGAUCCCAAAAAAAGUGAUAAUUAUAACAAUGAAAUCCAAGACUUUCUUUGGGAUGACUGGAAUCUAAGCCAACUGUUAAUCAAAAAAUUGGUUCCGAAUGCUAUCCUCUACUUCACCGGUGAUAUCAUUGAGAGUGAAAGCGAAUCUUCCGAUUCAGAGGACUCUUCCGAUUCAGAGUCGGAAAGUGCCAGCGAUUAGCCGUUAAUAUCCAUUGUUUUAAAUUAUUUUCACAAAUUAUUUCAUUAUUUA